GUGAAGUAGUUUUUACGCGCAUGGCAUAAGUGGAGUUGGUCAGAAAGAAGACAUUUCUUCAGGGAAGAGGACUGAUAAUAGAGAAGUGUCUGCGAACUUCAAAAGCUUACAUAGUGUGUUCAGAAAUUACCGAGCAAUUUAAAGUACAUCACACAGGUUUGACAUUUUGAUUACGCUGUAUUAACAAGAACAGGAGGCCUGUCUUUAAUUAACAUCUUCUGUUCACUGGAGAUAUCUUUGAACACAAUGACUACCGCCAUGGAGAAAUCCAAAAACUUUCGCAUUGAUGCGCUGCUGGCGCAGGACGUGGAACAGCGGACGGACAGCGAUGGUGCGUCCCCGGGGUUACAUUACAGCAGGAGCCCCGGCGACAGUCCGAUGUCAAACCGCGGCUCUGAGACGCCCUCCCCUCAUCCAAACCCACCGAACUCCUCUUCAGUCCCACUGGGAGUUGUGCCCAAAUCCCAACUCUUCAACUUGCCCCAGUCAGGAUUCACUGCUUUUCACCAAGGGGCUCUCAUCGGGAUGCACCCGGGCUCCAUGUACCCUCUGGCGGCCCUCGGAGGCCAGCACCCCGCUUUCCUAUACCCCGGCUUCACGCAGCUAGUUCAGCCAUACCCGGAGCAACUGAAGGGGGGGACCAUGACCGGGACUCUCCCACUGGAGCCCUGGAUCAGAGCAGGAAUGAUCAUACCCAGAUUUGGUGAAUAUGGAGCUCCGACACAGGCAGGUUUGUUGGGGAAGUGUCGGAGGCCCAGGACCGCGUUCACCAGUCAGCAGCUGCUGGAAUUAGAAAACCAGUUCAAGCUCAACAAGUACCUGUCCAGACCUAAACGCUUUGAGGUGGCCACUUCACUCAUGCUGACUGAGACUCAGGUUAAAAUCUGGUUCCAGAACAGACGUAUGAAGUGGAAGAGAAGUCGCAAAGCCAAGGAACAAGCAGCCCUGACUUCCCCACUCACUGAUGUGGAAAGAAAUGGGAUGGAUAUACACAGUGCCAAGCCUCAGGGUGACUCACACAGCUCAAGCCUAGAGGAUGAAGAGGAGCUAGAAGGGGAGGAUGAGAAUGAAAAAGAGGAGAUAGAGGUGCUUAGGGCAGGAUCUUUAGGCUCACUAGGCUUCAUGAGGCACGCUGUAGGAGGAACAGGGAACUACAGCUCUUACUCAGAUGAUGAGCUGGAGGAGGGAGGCCCAAGAAUGAGAAGUGGGGUUUUGCCAUAAUGAUAAAAUUCUGCAUGCUUUUAUUGUAUGUCUCUUUAUGUUUAUUGCACUUGGGAAAACAAUACACAAUGCAAUCUGGUGCACAAACAUGGUGGCAUACAAAGGGUCAUUCAUCUUCCAAAAUGGCAAAAAGGGAUGUUGACAUCCGCACAUUGGGCUGGUUAUGGACUCUGAUUACAUCAACAGCCACAUACCUGGACAUUUAAUGGCUAAAUGGCCAGUAAUUUAUCUGAGUUAUGAUUUCAGAAUCAAUAAAUAAUUAUAUUUAUCAUGGGCAUUUCUGUGCAUGAUCUACUUGUGUUUUAAACAGUACAAACAAACUGAAACUGUAUGAAUGGGUGGUAAUAGCACUUUCAUGGAAGACAGUGGAUGAAGAGACAGAAAAUUUUACUAGUAGAUGUUGUAAGGAGUGUCAUUGUUACAUUGUUAUCAGUGCUUCCCGGUCUGUUACAAAUAUUGGACAAAAAAUUGACUAAUAUUGGAAAGUUUUCAUAUUUUUAAAAAGAUAUGGAUAUACAUUCACCUUGUUAAAAUGUUAGGGCAUUAUAAUGGUGUGACAAGAAAAUACUGCUCAGGUUAUUGUAGUACUUUUUUGACUAUAUUUUCACAAUUUUUUUUUAUAAUAUUUGUUUUAUAUUAUUUUUGUGAAACUGCAUGUUAAAUUUAGUUAAAGCCACACACACAAAGAAAUGACUGCAUGUACUGUGUGGUAUUUGAAAUUUAAUGUUGAUAUAUAUAUAAAAAAUCCCUGUAUUUUGUAAACUGUCCUCAUAUUAAGUGUGUUGUUGUCAAUAUAAUUUUAAAUUAUAUAAUUUAAUAUAUUUCACCGUAAGUGCAACAUCAGUGGUUUUACAGAAGGUAUUGUUUAAAAAAUAAAGCUGAAUUCAUGUGUCCAAAAAUGUCAGACUGUGAAAACGUUGUGGUAUGACAGCCAAUCUCUGGUUGGGUUAUUUGUCCGUCCUAUUACAAUUUAUGGUAAUUCA